ACGGCGCCGCCCGCUCUGCGCAGGCGCGGGGUGGCGGGUUGCCAUGGCCGCCGCGCGCCGGAAGCGCCGCGCGCGAGGCCGCUGCUGCCCCGGCGCGGGUGCCGCGGCCUCGGGCGGCCCUGCCGCCGCCCCCCCCUGAGGCCUCCCCGUGCCCCCGCCAUGGCGCGGGGGGGCGGCGAGGCGGCCGCCGAGGGGGAGCUGGGAGAUGACAGCUUGUCUGUGAUAACCUAUGAAUCAGAUGCAGAAAUGAAGUUAAAGAAGAAAAUUUUUCACAAGCCUCCAAAAUCACCAAAGUCUCCAUACAGCUCUAGCACACAACUGUAUCCUAAAAAAGCUGCAGUGUGGAGGUCUCUGCAGGGAGCAGGCAGCGCACAUCUUGAAAGUGCAACUGUAAAAAACUCAAGGCAGAUGUGGCUGGGAUCACUGAAACAAGGAAUGAACCAUUCUCUCAAAUCAGAUGUUGACAUGGGGCAUGUGCGAACUAACAUUUCCAGUAGCACACCAGAAUAUUUGAAGGAAGCUCUAGGAAUGAAGAAGCCAAAACAUUCUCGUUCUUCUAGUAAUGGCUACGUUCCUGGAACUCCUGACUACAAAGAAAAAGAAGAUAUGUAUGAUGAAAUUAUAGAACUGAAAAAGACAAUACAAGCUCAGAAAAAUGAGGGCGAUCGAAUGAAGACAAAACUCCGUCGCCUGGAAGAAGAGAAUAACAGAAAGGAUAAACAGAUUGAACAGCUGCUGGAUACUUCCAGGGGCUCUGAGCUGGCACGAGUUUUGUCAGAAAAGAGGCCAGCUAAUGGAUGGGUGCUUAGUGCAUUAAAACAGAAGAUUCUCAAGCUGGAACAGCAGUGCAAGGAAAAAGACAACACUAUAAACCAAUUCCAGACAGACAUGAAGACCACUGAUUUGGAAGAAAUGAGGACAGCUAUGGAAACCUACUAUGAAGAGGUUCAUCGUCUCCAAGUCCUCCUGGCAAAAUCUGAGACUAUGAGGAAAAAUACAGAGGGCAGAGAUACCCAAAAACGACUAAAGGCCCUGAAUGCUGCUGUCCUGAGAUUAUCCAGGAACAUCAAGGAAUUGCAGGAUGAGAAUCGGAGACUGAAAGAAGAUCUAGACCAAGUACUGAGCAGUUGUCCUGCUUCCAAUAAAACAAAAAAUUAUAGUGAGUGGAGCAAACAGAGGCUGGUGAGACGAAUUUCAGAACUGGAAAAAAAAGUAGAUGCCAUGCAGAACACCAGGUUAUCAUCAGCGGAUAGUGAGACAUCACAGUUACUUGCUGUGUCAUCUUCACCUUCUGUAGACCUGGGUCAUUCAGCCUCUCAACAGCUGGACCCUGGUGAGGAAUGUCAGCACCUUCGAGGACUAGUGAAGAAACUGAACAAUGAUAGGAGAGCACUUCAAAAUCUCCUAGUCAGUAAAGAAUCAGAGAUCAAGCAGUUACUGCAGGCUAAGGCUGAAGCAGAUCUGGAGCUUCAGAAGUUACAGGAUAAGAAGAAAGAAAAGAAUAAAGAAGAGCAGACACUAAGAGAGGAAAUCCAGAACCCUACACAGAAAGUAGGGCAAUCGGAGCCAAAAUUUGAGGAAGACAACAGACAAGAGGCAGAUGAUAAAAUGGAAAAGCUUAAUAAGUCUUCCCUGGUCUGCAUGCUUAAAGGCAAAGAAGAUCACAGGAGAGAGCAAGCAGCCAAACUCAUCCAGAGACAGUGGAAGAUGUACAGAAACAAGAAACAAGAAAUUGCUCUGGAUGAGACGAUUGCUGUGCUUCAGGCAGCUUUCAGAGGACAUCUAGCUCGGCUGAAACUGUUACUGAGUAACAGGAUGCAUGAUGCAGAAUCUCAAAACAUGCAUAGCUGUGGAAACAAGAACUCCUGCAUGUCUCCUGGGUCAAACUCUUUGAGCUUGUCUUCUGACUGCAAGGAGGAAGAGGAGAUUGUGACAUUCAUCCAGUCCAUUUUCAGGGCUCACUUAGCACGUAAAGGACUGCUUGAGGACAGUUUGUCUUUUUGCAGGCCCUCUGUCUUCAGCGCAACAAGUGAGAAAGCAGAUUUUGCUAUUAACAUUAGGGAGAAGAAACCAAUCUCACCAGCACUCAAGAAACGUUCUUCAAUCUUCAUAUCCCCUCUUCCUGAUGAUGAAGACAGUAAAGUGAUGAGUGAAGAAGUUUUGGAAGAAUUCAUACCAGAAGGGACAGAGAAGAGACCACAAGAACUCAACCUUUCUUCCUUGAAGUCUUCUUUUGCCAGGUCCUCUCAGAAGCAGCCACGGCCCACACUCUCUCCGUCUGUGGAUGAAGCUCACUCGGAUGAUUCGGAUGAUAUUGUUGUUGUCUCUCCACUGCUGCAGAUGAAGAAAAACUAUACCCACUUUUAAGUUUUGGUAAUGGGCUCUCAUGGCUGUCACGAUUUUGAAUUAUUUGAUUCACAAACAAAAAUAUUUCUGCCAAGACAAAGCAUGUCAAGCAUGGAAAAAAAGGGGGGGGGUAUUAGCUUAUGGUUGUCAUUAUUUCAGCUAUAAGUAAAUCAUUCUGUUUGAUGUGUCAUCUCUGCAGACUAUAUGGCUAAAACCCACUGACUGACUGCUACCAUUAUCCUUAUGGUACGCAGAAGGAGUUUAGAUUUAAAAAAAAUUAGAACAAAACAUUUUAAUGUUUUGUCUUGCAAGGAGGAUUAUAAAUUCAAUUGCCAAAUUUAAAUGAAAACAAUAAAACCUUAAGCUAUUUCAUGUCAAACAAAGUAAUUUUGUUUCAGAUCAAUUAAAAUACUUUAUUUAAUUGGAAAGCGAAAAAUAACUUGGCUCUGAUUUUCAGCUCAUGUAUGUGAAGGGGAAUAGCUUGUAUUUGCUACAAAGUCCUCUCUUUUUAAAGAUGUUGUUAUGUCAUAUUUUAAUACAUACUUUUGGGGUUUUAUACUAAAUAUUUACAGUCUGUGCAGACCAUAUUAAGGCUUUUAGAAAGCCACUUCUGUUGUAGGGCUAUUCUAGGCCUAUUGUAUCUGCAGGGUUUUCUUUAUUUAUUGCUUUUUCCAAGUGCGUUUGCUAUAAUUUGUAUGGUACUAUUUUGUAGUUGAAAUAUCUGAUCACGUAAUCUGUUUUUUGUAUUUGUCAGAGAAGGUGCGUAAUAGCAGGAGUGCUCUGUGAAGGGAUGGCCUUGUGACUGCUUUUUCUGCUUACAUAUCACAAAUAUAAGUGGAUUAUGCAGGGUCAUCUCCAACAUAUGAAAACAUUUGACGUAGGAGAUAUGUUGCUUUGUGCCCUGUUUUAGCGUACAUCACUUGACUGAAACUUUUACGUAGCUAGAUUGCUCAUACGCUGAGGGGUUUUAACUCUAACGUUGCUUUGCUAUUGUUUCUCUUCUCUCAGUGCUACCUUUGCAGGUGCACCCAUCAGCUAUACUGCAAGUGCACAGCAAGUCCAGUCACAGGAUGGGAGAGGGUUCACAGUGCCCAGCCAUAUUCUCUCCCUAGAUGAAACUAUGAGGCUUGUCUGCUGGAAAGCACUGGCACUACUGCUAUAUUCUGAGGGAUGUAGAUUGGGAUGAGCAUGGUAGACAAAACCCAGUCCACACAGUUUGAUGGUUUAGGUACAGAAGAUGGUAGGUUGCCUUAUAAUAGACCUUGAAGCUACCUCCAGAAACAACACUAACUGACAAUGUUAUUAGCAGACUCCAUGGAGAAAACAAAGACAGAAAGGGCUGUGGAGAACAUGCUCAGAGUAGUCUUUCCAGAUCUGGUGUGCACAUUGUACUCUUCUUCACUGGAAAGAGGACCCUACAGCCCAGACUAUCAUGUCAACAUCCUUCCUAAGGAUUAAAAUGCUUUUUAAAAGGUGAACCAGAUGAAUUAUGUGAUAUUUGCUGGAAGGAGAAUUUAAUUUUACAAACACACAGUGAAGGUUGAUGGAGAUUCUAAUGGUUUCUUUGUCAUCAAGAAGUACUAAAGUCUCUUGUAAACAGCAAGCACAAUUUUAAAUAUAAGAUUUUUAUCACCUUUCCCUCCUCCUUUUUUAAAUUAAAAAUCUUUCACCACUGUUUUGCAGAAUACUAAUAAGUCAGAGCUGUCUCAGUUCUUUGAUUCCAAUGAAGCACUAUCUGAGGCUUAUCAUAGUUCAUGCCAGUACUUGCAGCCAAAGAGGAAACUGGAUGGCUGCUGCACAAUGCAGCUGAUUUCAUUUAAUCCCAUCAGUGGAAAUGCUGCCUGUGCUAUUUCCAAAGGCAGUUUUGGGAGCUCUCCAUACCAAAGCAGCCUGAAGAAUGUCAUUUACACUCUCGUUGAGUAAGUUUUUCCUGCUGUUACUUCAGUCACGUGGCUGUCAUCUGCAAAAGGAUAAAAAAUAUAUGUAAAAUAAAAGAAUAAAAGGGAAAAAAUCCUCUUGGCAGAAGCUGAGAGCUGUUUCCCUCUUUUUCUGAAAGUCACAUUGUGAAAAAGAGUCACUUUGCUAAAUAGAAGUAGAGCUAUAUUGAGUCGCUUAUGUAUAAUAUUUCAUGUCUGUAACCGUGGCUCUGUCAUGGAUACCUCCAGAGAGAGUAACUAAAGCGUAGGACUUAAACGUUAAGGGGAGAGUAGUGUGUACUGUGUGCCAGGACCAAGACUAGUACAAAAUACCUACGUAGCUGUUAUCAUACAGGGAAAUACUUGGAUGGCAAAUACAAUGAAGACAACAUUCUUUUACUUUACUGUGCUGUAGUAAAGAAGUAUUGUGAAAGUAUUAGGAAGUAGAAGCAGAGUAGAAAGGCUUCCGUUUUAACUGAGCAUAUUGCUAGCAGGAAUACUGUCAAUAGACAAGUUCCAAGAUAGGGAGGGAAGAGCAUCUUGGUAAGACCCAAAGUCACAGAGUAAAAUCAGGGUGAAAGGGAGCAAAUGUCUGCUGGAACGAAUUAAAAUCUGUCUGGAACUUCCUAAAUUCAAGCCUGCUGACAGCCACCAAAAAUCGGAUGUUCACUUGAGUGGACUGCAGGCUCAUAAUAUUAGUUUGGAAGCUAACUAUAUGAUCACUGUGUAUCAAAAGUUUGGUGUGAUGCAGUAGAAGAGAAGCCUUCACAGUAUUAGUAGCCUUUAAUGUUGUUUCUUCGUAUACUUUAAUGGAAUAUGUUGAAAGGAAUACUGAUUGACACUGUAGGUUUCACUCUGUGGUUGUGUAUCUGAAAACAAGUACCUGUAAAUCUGGGAAGAGAUGUGGAACAGCGAAGGAAGAAAAAUAUAAUUUCAGAGUAAAUGGCACCUUUCCUUCCCUCGACUCAACAGGGACCAAGGACAAUAAAAAUCUGUGUGGCUCAGACCUGUCAAGAUAGGCCCUAUACAAAUACAUUCAGUUUCUGAAAAACAUGUCUUCUGCAGAAAGCACUGAUAACCUUGUGGGGGCGUCAAGGUCUUGAAUUAAAAUUAAACCCCAUUGUAACCUACCUAAUCUAAUAGCGUACUUUCCCAUUCUGCUGGUAUGCAAGUUCUGCAUGGGAUAAUGUUGCCUACUUAAAACCUUUUGGAAUUCACAGUAGUGUUUAGGUGGUGAUCGCAUGUGAAUAUAGAAAUCUGACUUUCAUGAAACACCAUUCCUGAUGAUCUCUUUUUAUCCUUAAGUGCCUAUGCCUGUAAAUAUUGACUGUGGCAUCCAAAUCUGGUAAACCUACUGUUUUUUACGUAGGCAUAAAAAUAAUCCAUACACAAGCAACUUUUAAGAUAGUUGAAAUGCAAAAGUAUUAAUCUUGGCACAUGAGAAAGAGCCAUUAAUUUUUAUGAUCAUUUUAAUAUUUAGGACUGUGCAAAUCUUGUAUGUAAUUUAUUUUUGGAUCUUUUAACAGUUAAAAGAAUUGUGAUGUAUUUUCUCCCAAUUGCUGAACUUUCAAAUAAAGUUAAAGUUUGUAACUUAA